AUGAUCCAGUCUAUUGACGAUGUGUAUGAGAUGAACAAUGACCGCAACAUCCGCAUCCGCAAUGAUGCAACAUUCAUACAGAUCGUCUUUGUAAUGAUGUUUCGAAUUGGGGUAGUGCAUGACAAAUCGACCAAGGACCGUGCGGAGUCGAACGAGGAGAAGCAUUCGCAGCAUCAAUCGUACGAGGCUUACGACUACGGUCACCAGCAGGAUGAGGGAAACUACAUCGACUAUGAGGAUCACGGUGCGCAUCAGGUCGAAAAGGUUCCUGUCCCGUAUCAAGUUGAAGUGCCAAAACACGUUCCCGUUGAGGUGAAGGUCCCGUACCCAGUGGAGGUUGAGAAGAAGGUACCGAUCGUCGUCGAAACGAAGGUCCCGGUGUACGUUGAGAAGAAGGUUCCCGUUCACGUCGAUCGUCCGUAUCCGGUGGAAGUGAAGGUUCCAGUCCAUGUUCCAGUUUAUCAGAAGGAAUACGUUGAGGUACCGAAGCCCUAUACCGUACACGUCGAUAAACCAUAUACAGUGUACGUGAAGCAGCCCGUCUACGUCGAGAAACCUGUACCGUUCACUGUUCUUGUGAAGAAGGAGCACAAAAAGAAGCCAUUCUGGUGGCUGUUCUAA